CAGCGAGCCGCUCCCGGGAGCUCCGCGCUCCCGCAGGGUGCCGGCAAUCCCCGGGCCGGGCCGGGCGCGGGGCCGGGGGGGCCCGGGGAGGCUGCGCCGCAGUGAGCGGGGCUGUGCCGCUCUCGCCCUAGGUAGGAUGGACCUGCCCCCCUGCCUCUGCCCCCAUGUCCAAUAAGAAGAGACCCGGCUUGACACCUGCCUAUAUACAGAGGAGGAGAGCAACAUCUUCAGCGCUGGCCUUUGGAGGGGGGGCAACCAAAACACAACACAGCAUCAGGGCAGAGCGGGGGUUCGGUGGUGUUAUAAACCCCCCCCCCAAGACUAUGACUUCCAGUAAAAUUGAGAUGCCAGGGGAGGUGAAGGCAGAUCCUGCAGCUCUGAUGGCAUCUCUGCAUCUGCUGCCUUCUCCCACUCUCAACCUUGAAAUCAAAUACACCAAGAUUUUCAUCAAUAAUGAGUGGCAGAAUUCUGAAAGUGGAAGAAUAUUUCCAGUAUAUAAUCCAGCAACAGGAGAACAAAUCUGUGACAUUCAGGAAGCUGACAAGGUUGAUACAGACAAGGCAGUGAGGGCAGCUCGGCUGGCUUUCUCCCUUGGUUCUGUUUGGAGGAGGAUGGAUGCCUCAGAGAGAGGCCAUCUUUUGGAUAAGUUAGCAGACCUGGUGGAAAGGGACAGGGCAAUCCUUGCUACUAUGGAAUCACUGAACAGUGGCAAACCGUUCUUGCAAGCUUUCUAUGUAGAUCUCCAGGGAGUGAUAAAAACCCUGAGGUAUUACGCUGGUUGGGCAGACAAAAUCCAUGGAAUGACCAUUCCUGUAGAUGGAGAUUAUUUUACGUUUACAAGACAUGAACCCAUCGGAGUGUGUGGACAGAUCAUCCCUUGGAACUUCCCCCUGCUGAUGUUUGCAUGGAAGAUUGCUCCAGCUCUGUGCUGUGGCAAUACAGUAGUUAUUAAACCAGCAGAACAAACACCACUCAGUGCUCUCUAUAUGGGUGCCCUCAUCAAGGAGGCUGGCUUUCCACCAGGAGUUGUCAAUAUUUUGCCAGGAUUUGGUCCAAUUGUUGGUGCAGCCAUAGCCUCUCACGUUGGCAUUGAUAAAAUUGCUUUCACUGGAUCCACUGAGGUUGGGAAGCUGAUCCAAGAAGCAGCUGGAAGGAGUAAUUUGAAGAGAGUUACACUGGAGCUGGGUGGGAAAAGCCCAAACAUUAUUUUCGCAGAUGCUGAUUUGGACUAUGCUGUAGAACAAGCUCACCAAGGAGUCUUCUUCAAUCAAGGCCAGUGCUGCACUGCAGGCUCACGGAUUUACGUGGAAGAAUCAAUCUAUGAAGAGUUUGUCAGAAGAAGUGUAGAACGUGCAAAGAGGAGAGUUGUGGGGAGUCCUUUUGACCCAACUACAGAACAAGGUCCACAGAUUGAUAAAAAACAAUAUAACAAGAUCUUGGAACUGAUUCAAAGUGGCAUCACUGAAGGAGCAAAACUUGAAUGUGGGGGAAAGGGGCUGGGAAGAAAGGGAUUCUUCAUUGAACCUACGGUGUUUUCCAAUGUAACAGACGACAUGAGGAUUGCCAAGGAGGAGAUUUUUGGGCCCGUUCAAGAAAUACUGAGAUUUAAAACCAUGGAUGAAGUUAUUGAGAGAGCCAACAAUUCUGAUUUUGGGCUGGUAGCUGCUGUCUUUACAAAUGACAUAAACAAGGCCCUGACAGUCUCUUCAGCAAUGCAGGCCGGGACAGUCUGGAUAAAUUGCUACAAUGCCUUAAAUGCCCAAAGUCCUUUCGGAGGAUUCAAAAUGUCUGGCAAUGGGAGAGAGAUGGGUGAAUGUGGAUUGAGAGAAUAUUCUGAAGUUAAAACUGUGACAAUAAAGAUCCCUCAGAAGAACUCCUAAAAUGAGAAAGGACCGUGUUGUGCAGAAGAGCACAUGAUGCCACCUUCUCUAUUCCUUAUGGAGACCAGCACUCAGGAAUAAAAAGUGUUACACAAUAUAUAUUUAAGAAAUUAAGUUGCAACAUAUAUACUGGGCACAUAACUGCGUACGUAAUGCAAACCAACUCUGCAUGUUUUCAUAAAACUCUCCUGAGAAUCGUUACAUCUUUAUAAAACAAAUCAUAAUGAGAUAAAAUUGCUACUGGGCAUCAUUUAAUAACGGUUCUAGCUAUAAAACUGUUAAAUGCAAAUGCAUGCACACACACAUUUAUCUCUUCCUUAAAUAAACAAAAUAAGUCUUACUGCUUUCAGGCUGCCUUCUCAAACAGACCUGCCUUGUACUGACAUUGUAGAUUCAAUUAGGGCUCUACGAGCCACAUUUUACCCAAAACACUAGCAAUGAACAACGCAAGUGUCAUCAAUGUUGUUAAAAAAUAAAAGAUUCUGAAUGGUAAUGGGCCCAAACCUGGUAUAGUGGCAACUUUCCAAUUAGCCUGCCCACAGGAAGAGGUCAGACUGGGGAGGGACUCACUCUGCUGCAUGGCCAGUGAAAGCCAAAUACUUAUCAGAGAUUUGGCUUUCAUGGCUCACAGCAAUUUGGAUUUCAAAGCUUAUUUUCGUAAUUACUUUAUGUCUUGCUAUAAGCAAAAAGUCCUCCUUCAUUUACAGGAACUUGAAGGGAUUUACCUGCCUGCCAAAAGAGCAAGGCCAGACAGGGUGGGUGGGUGUUAACGAGAACAGGAACAGAUUCCAAGGCUUCACAGAAUAUUUUAGCUUUCACUGCUUGUCUAGUUUUGUUGUUAUUGUUACUGUUGUUGCUUUCACCUUUUUUCUUUUUUUAAACAAAUAUAUGAACGCACAGGCUCCAUUUAUUUGUCUGCUACUAGGGUGCCUGUGAUUACACUGGGAAUCAUUAAGUACCUGUUACAGCUUUUCCUAAAUGAUGUCUUGCCAUCCUCACCACGCGCACCUCAGGCGAUGUUACUGGCUACUACUGAGCUUUCAAUUCUUUGGUUUUUUUGGUCCAGACAAAAAUAUGUGCAAGCUCUUUCAGAACUGAGGUGUUUAAAGCCUGUUACAUUAAUACCUGCUGCCUACAGAAUCUCUUCAAAUCUAUCACUGACAAACCAAACACUCUCUCUCUCCUUUUUCAGCUGCAGAGUGCAUCAAUUCCCCCUUUUUUAGGAGGUUUCAUUUUAUGUUUUAACUGAGAAUUAAGAAAAUCUAUUUUAGAAGUACAGUAAAUCAUCCACACAGUGUAGCUGCAUGAUCUGGGGUUUAAGGACAGAAUUACAGCCUCAGAUGCAAGUUUUCCUAGUUGUGGAGUCUAUGCUAUGAACUGUUGAAAACUCCAGCCCUGAUCAGAAACUACCUUCUGCAUGUUCUUAACUUCCUUUAGUCUCUGAGGAAUUCCUCUUAGAUUUGAAGCUGUAUGUGUCCUUCAGCAUACUGCUGAUCAGGACAAGAGUCUCCAGCACUUUGUAGUGUGGUGGCCCUUAAUAUUUUGUAACUCAUGUCAAACUGUGUAUGUGUUUUUAAGCAAUACAUCUACAUGUCGUUAUUCAGAACUGAUAGUACAUCCACAGACAUUGAGAUAAAUCAAAGUAUUCCUGAGCUGUUAAAUUCAAAUGCCAUAUACUUCUACUGUAGUGUAUGUCAGAGUGAAGAAAAACAAAAUACAGCAAAGUAAGAGAUUAGUUACCUUUUAAACUGCAAUAUAAAUGUGAAAAGGGAGACUUUACUUCUUUUCUCCUAUUUACAUAAAAAAGAAACUUCCUGUGCUUACAGCAUUUACACCAUGUACUCUUUUGUAUUCUUUUCAUGUAUUUUGUAUGUCUGUGCUUUAUUCCCAAUACAUUCAGGUAAAUAAUAUAGAGUUGCCAUUUUUUUCAACCCUGUCACUGCAGCUCCAUUUGAUGUACAUGGAUUUGUGAAAUCCUUUUUUAGAUGUACCAUCUGCAUGGAUCCAACAAAACAUUUUUCCAGUCCCUGCAGCUUUUUGUUACAGUUUUUAAUCAUGUAUAUAGUUAUAUGUUAUUAAAAAAGUAAAAGGAUAUUUUCUAUGAAGUUUUUUCCAUUAAAAAGGUUUAGAGAAAGAC